AUGGCGACUGAAACCCUAAAAGAGAAGACGCCGGAAGUGGAAUCUCCGGCAAAGGAGGAAGUUGGUGUGGGUGAUGCUGCGAAAGAGAAGGAGAUAGAGAAAAAAGAAGCGGAUUCCCCGAUAAAUGACGAGGUGGAAGAGAAGAAGAAAGAGGUAGAUGGGGAUGAAUCGAAAGACGGAGAAUUGGAGGAAAAAGAUGAAGAAAGUGAGGAGGAUAAGGAGGAUGAAGAAGGAGAAGGACGUGGGAGUAAGAAAUCGUCGGAGAAGGAGGCGGUGACUCCGACUAUUGAUAGGCCUACGAGGGAGAGAAAAAAGGUUGAGCGUUUCUCGCUAGCGACUCCUAUGCGAGCUACACCGAGCAAGUCCGUUUCAAUCGAAAAGGGCCGUGGAACACCUCUCAGGGAAAUCCCAAAUGUGGCUUAUCAACUAUCCAAGAGAAAAGCUGACGACAACCUGAUCUUACUACACACCAUUCUUUAUGGGAAGAAAGCAAAGAGUCAGAUGAUCAAGAAAAACAUUGGUCAAUUUUCUGGCUUUAAAUGGUCAGAGAAAGAGGAGGAGAAGCAGAGAGCACGGACAAAGGAGAAGCUUGACAAAUGCAUCAAAGAAAAAUUAGUCUUCUUUUGUGAUGUGCUUGAUAUACCUAUAAACAGAAGUCACAUUAAAAAAGAAGAAGUAGCUGUCAAAGUGCUUGAGUUUUUGGAAUCUCCCAAGGCAACAAGAGAUGUAAUACUUGCUGAUCGAGAAAAGGCCAAAAAGCGCAAGAGCACACAAACAAAAGGGAAAUCUGCAGAAUCUUCUGAUACACCAGCCAAGAGGAGAAGGCAAACAAAAAAGCGAGACGAGCCAUCUGAAACAGUAGAAGGCAACGAUGAGGGAGAUUCUGAUUCUGAAGGUACCAAGGAUUCUGAUGAAGAAGAUGAUGCAGCACCAGAAGAAGAAAGUGACCAUGAAGAGACUGAAACUGAAGAUGAGAAAGAUGAAGCGGAAGAUAAAAAGCCAUCCGCUAAGAGAAGCUCAUCGAAAAAGACUCAAAAGGAGAAAGAUGAAGCAGAAGAUAAAAAGCCAUCCGCUAAGAAAAGCUCAUCGAAAAAGACUGAAGUGGAGAGCUCAGGGACCAAAGGUAAGGAGAAACAAGCUUCUAAAAAAACUGUUGAAAAGUCCUCCAAAAAAGGUGUCAAGACAUCGCCAUCCCCAGCCAAGAAGCAAAAACUUGAUCACAGCGAAUCUUUUAAAGAGAAAAGCAAGAAAGAGUCAAGUAAGCCACAGGCUAAGGGAUCUAAAGACAAAGGAAAAGCCAUUAAGAAAGGCAAAGCAGAACCCACCAGAGAAGAAAUGCUUGCAGUGGUGACCAAAAUUCUGAAGGAAGUAGACUUCAAUACGGCAACAUUAUCAGAUAUUCUGCAGAAGCUAAGUGACCAUUUCGGUGUUGAUCUCUCGCAUAGAAAACCAGAGGUGAAGGAUGUUAUCACAGAUGCCAUAAAUGAAAUGACUGAUGGUGAAGAAGACGAAGAGGACAAAGACGAGGGCGGAAGUGACAAAGAGAAGGACGAGGAAGAAGGGGAAGAGGAAGAGGAAAAAGCUGAGGCUGAGACUGACAAAGAGAAGGAAGAAGACGAAGAAGAGCACAAGGAUUAA